AUGUCGGACGCUUCUCCCUUUUCCGGGUUGUCGUUCAUUCCGUUGCGAGCUCUGGGCAUAGCAUUUGGCGUUGGGGUUCUCUAUCUUGUCUGUCUGGCUGUCUAUCGCCUAUAUCUUAGUCCUCUGGCCAAAUUCCCCGGACCCCCUCUCACUGCUCUGACACCGUGGUAUGAAUUUUACUAUGAUGUCAUCAAGGAAGGGAGAUAUACAUGGAAGAUACGCGAACUGCAUCGUGAAUAUGGACCGAUAGUGCGGAUCAAUCCGUAUGAACUUCAUAUUGACGACCCAGAAUAUUAUGAUGAAGUCUAUACCGGCCCGACGAAGCCUCGUGACAAAUGGGCAUGGUCUGCGGCCAUGUUUGGGAAUUCGUCGUCGCACUUUGGAAGCGUGCCGCACAGUUUGCACCGAAUGCGACGGGCGCCCUUGAAUCCUUUCUUCUCGAAGAAGGCAGUGGCCCGGCUCGAGCCCAUGAUUCGAUCGGUUGUCGAAAAGCUUUGUGCGCGACUGGCGGGCUUUCAGCAGACCAAGGAGCCGGUCAAUCUGCGCUAUGCCUUUGCGGCGUUGACAAUGGACGUCAUCACCGACUAUGCCUUUGCAAAUUGCUACAAUUGCCUUGACGAACCCGACUUUGCGCCCGUGUGGCCCGAGGCCGUCGAUUCAGUCUCGGAGCAGAGCCAUGUCAACAAGCAAUUCCCCUGGCUGCUGCCUGUCAUGAAGUUAGUACCGCUGUGGCUCGUGGAACGGAUAAAUCCACACAUCAUGCGGCUGAUCAACUUUCAGAUUGGCUUAACUCAGCAGGUUGCGGAAAUCAUGAAGGACAAAGACACGAGUAACAAAAAUCAAAGUCACCCCACGAUAUUCCACGAGCUCAUCCACACAAGGGAGCUGCCUCCGGAAGAGAAGACACUUGAGCACCUCGUGGACGAAGGGCAAUCUGUUGUUGCAGCAGGUCAAGUCACAACCACCCACUACCUGAAUACCACGGCAUAUCACAUUCUGGCGAACCUGGAUGUCCUUGAUAAGCUGAAGGCCGAGCUCGGGGAGGCCAUGCCUGAUGGAAAAUUGCCUUCGUUACAGAAACUCGAGAGGCUUCCUUACCUCACCGCGGUGGUGUACGAGGGCUUUCGAAUGUCCUAUGGGGUGACACACCGUUUGCAACGAGUCUCUCCUACCGAACCUCUCAUUUACCACGACUAUGUCAUCCCCGCGGGGACGCCAGUGAGCAUGACAUCGAUAUUCAUGCACGAAAACACGAAGUAUUUUCCGGAACCCAAAGUGUUCAAGCCCGAGAGAUGGCUGAACCCUGGCUCCCGAGAUAGACUGGAGAAGUACCUGGUGAACUUCAGCAAGGGCACCCGGGCGUGUCUGGGGCGACACCUCGCCGAGGCAGAGAUCUAUCUCACCUUGGCGGCCGUGUUUCGCAGGUUCGACCUGAAGCUAUACGAGACUACCCGAGACGAUAUUGAUGUCGCGCACGACUUCUUUAAUCCGCAGCCACGGCGGGGGUCGAGAGGUUUGAGGGUGAUGGUGAGGGACGUAGCAUGA